ACGUGCGUGUGAUUUAUAUUCCGACGGUGACUGCAUCGUUACCGAAGUGUGGCGUCAUUAAUAAUGUUAACAAGGCCAUCAAGACUCGCGCGAGGUCGGGGGGCUUUCAUGCAGGGCGGGAAGAGGAUUUCAGCAAAGAAAUAACACACAGUCCCAGACACCUCAACAACACGCACCUGCAGACAAUCAGUUCAUUAAGCAGUGAUUGGAUGCAGGCUGCAAUAAAUGCUGCCUCUCAUGCUGCACACGCAUGCAGAGCAAGUAGCUUCAGGGCAGGUGGGCUACCGUUGCUUUGACCAAGCUGUGUGUGUGUUUCAAACAGAAAUGGCUUGUGGAGUUCAUCUGGGGAUCUUGCUGAUUUGUUUAGUUCAAGCAGAGCAUGUACGCUGCUUAUGGGCCACACAAGCUCAAAGCUCCAAGAGACAAAAUGGCGACGCAUAUGUUGGCUUCCUGCAACAGGACAGCGGCCUGCGAAGGCUCGGUGGCAGCUAUCCCCAGGAUCAAUUCAGACAAGACUCCAUUUCUCCGGACCGCAGCUUCAAUUCAAAGACCUCAGCUAGCGGCGGUUACAAUAACCAGAGACUCUCCAGUGGUGGCUACGCACAAACUGUCUCGCAGCCAGCGCAGGGCGGCCACGCUUCAGUCAGGCUGGUGCAGAGCAGCUCGGCCUCAAGACCAAACUGGAGAACGACAAACACGAAAGAGGUGAAUGCUCCGAAACACUCAUUUGGCCUCUCUACUGCUAUUGCUAGUGGAACCUCUGUGAGUAAGUACAAUGAGAACCAGAAUGGUGGUGCGAGAGCUUGGAAAGCUCAGCAGGGUACGCAACGUACUAGCCAGUAUCUUCCCGGCAGUUCUGUAUCUGGUCAGAGUCCUUCUAGGGAGAGAGGCUACGACUCGUCGUCCUCCCACCAGUCUGCAGCACAGACACCUCGAAGUGCUGCUGCCAAAACACCAGCCCGCUAUGGACAGGGAGGCUUCUCUUCAUCUUCCAGCCUGUUCAGUGCAGGUGUUCCUCCUCCUCUGCUGCAGUACUCUGAGAGGAUGCAAACAUCAGCCACUGGCCCUGCCAGAAGAGUGUCCUCACAGCGUCGCUCUAAGGUGUCAAAACCCUCCAGUUUCUCCUCCACUCAGAAUGCGAGAGCUAGCUAUAACCCCAGUCAGGCUGAAGCUGGAAACCUGUACCAGAGCAAGCUGUUUCCUGCUGCUGGAGGAAGUGCCCAAGGAAGCUACAACCCCACUUCAAACCGUGUGAGUUAUACCCAGUCUCUUCCAGCGGCCUACAAACAAAACGCUCCUGUGGGCUUUGGACCGCGGAGUGUCAAAGCGCCCGCAAGCUACACCUCCACCGAACAGUCUCCCAGCAGAAACCUGGCCACCUCUGGGAGCAGCAGAGCGGGAACCUCCCCUCAGCUCUUCGCCCCGACCAGAACCCACGACAUCCCUCAUCGCUACGGCGGGUUCGCCAUCCGACGUCUGAAGGAUCCUGUUGACGAGAAGGAAGCUGGUGUCCAGAGGCCACAGCCUUACAAGCCACAGGCUGCACCUUACAAGCCACAGGCUCCACAGCAGGCUGUGCCUUACAAGCCACAGGCUGUGCCUUACAAGCCACAGGCUCCACAGCAGGCUGCGCCUUACAAGCCACAGGCUGCGCCUUACAAGCCACAGGCUCCAAGUGUUCACCAGGCGAGCAAAUGGAAGAGGAUCCGGCCGGGUCAGGGACACAACCAGGUGCAGGAGGAUCAGUAACUACUUACUGUAUUUGUAUUUUCAAAUAAAGUUAUUAUUUUAAA